UAUACAUAUAUAAUCAUAAAAAAAAAAAACAAUAGUGAAAAAUGGUGAGGGUUGGUGAAGCAUUGAGUGUAUCAACCUCAUCGUCCUCAUCUCUCAACGAAAGUGAAGCUGACGAGCUUCAAAAGAUGUCACUAGAACCACCGAGAGCUAAACCCAAGAAACGUCUCUCGAAGCAACUCUCAAUGCUGGAGACCAAAAGAGACAAGGCAUGGGAGCGUCGCCGUCGCCAGAUGCUCCAUCACCUCGAGAUGAAGCAAAUAAACGAAGGAGGAGAUAUUGACUUAACAGACGAGGACUUGAGUGAGCUCAAAGGUUCUAUUGAGUUAGGGUUUGGUUUUAAUGAGGAGCAAGGACAACAACUUACAACUACGUUGCCUGCUUUGGACCUUUACUUCGCUGUGAACCGUCAGAUCUCGCCGGUUUCUACACCAAGCAGCGGUGGAUCUUCGUCGUCUAGACUUACUUCCCUUGGAGAAGGUUCCUCCUCCUUUGGUAGUCCUAUGAGCGACUCGGAAGGAUUGAAAUUUAUGUCUCCAGGUAACUUUUUUUUUUCAUGUUGCCGCAUUUUUAUAAGAGAUCUUUAACUCAUUUCUAUUUUUUCUUCUAUAAAUAUGAGUUUUU